AUGGGGAACGCCACGUCCACGGCGGCCAUCCAGACGGCCGAGAGCCUGCGUCACGAGCUGUACCCGGCCGGCCAGCCGCACUCAGACCUGACCCAGCCUCCAUCGGCGGACGUGCCGGAGCAGCCCGCUAAGACGGCCGCCGGUCCAUACCGCGUCCUGCCGCCCGAGUGUCCCAUGUCUGCGGGUGGCGGCGGGCAGACCCUACCCCCCGAGUGUCCCAUGUCCUCGAGCUCGGCGCCAGAGCGUCCCAUGACCGGGCGGGACUCGCUGCCGGCCCACCAGCACGGCAUCGUCACCGACCAGGCCGGCGCCGUGCUCCAGGUCGACCCCGCCAACAUGGAAGCGCCGCCGAACCAGAAGCCGGCGCCCGACCAGCCGUUCCCGCUCUCCACUGAGCGUCAGGUGUCCAACAUCCCGCGCGCCACCGACGACACCUCCAACUGGGUGUACCCGUCACCGCAGAUGUUCUGGAACGCCAUGUUACGCAAGGGCUGGCGCUGGAAGGAGGACGACCUGUCGCAGAUGGACAUGGACAACAUCAUCCGCAUCCACAACGUCAACAACGAGCUCGCCUGGCAGGAGAUCCUGAAGUGGGAGGCGCUGCACGCGCACGAGUGCGGCCAGCCGAAGCUGAAAAGGUUCGGCGGCAAGGCUGCCGACUACUCGCCCCGCGCCCGCUUCAGGAGCUGGAUGGGGUACGAGCUGCCGUUCGACCGGCACGACUGGAUCGUGGACCGGUGCGGCAAGGAGGUGCGCUACGUGAUCGACUACUACGACGGCGGCGCCGUCAACCCCAACGACUACAAGUUCGCGCUGCUGGACGUACGGCCGGCCCUGGACAGCUGGGAGAACGCCUGGGACCGCAUGGUGGUGGCCUGGGCGCGCUGGUUCCACUCAGAAUAG